GCCGGGGUCUAGGCACCACGGUGGCCUGCGGCCUGCGGGCGGCGCUGUGGCCCGUCCAGCGGCCCGGCAGAGCCGCCCUAGCCUCCCGCCUACCCCAAGCCAACGUCUCCGCCGUCGGCUCCGCGGCGCCGCCAUGGCCGACGUGGAAGACGGAGAGGAAACCUGCGCCCUGGCGUCUCACUCCGGGAGCUCAGGCUCCAAGUCGGGAGGCGACAAGAUGUUCUCCCUCAAGAAGUGGAACGCGGUGGCCAUGUGGAGCUGGGACGUUGAGUGCGAUACGUGCGCCAUCUGCAGGGUCCAGGUGAUGGAUGCCUGUCUUAGAUGUCAAGCUGAAAACAAACAAGAGGACUGUGUUGUGGUCUGGGGAGAAUGUAAUCAUUCCUUCCACAACUGCUGCAUGUCCCUGUGGGUGAAACAGAACAAUCGCUGCCCUCUCUGCCAGCAGGACUGGGUGGUCCAAAGAAUCGGCAAAUGAGAGUGGUUAGACGGCUUCUUAGUGCAGUUGUUCAGAGCCCUGGUGGAUCUUGUAAUCCAGUGCCCUACAAAGGCUAGAACACUCCAGGGGAUGAAUUCUUCAAAUAGGAGCCGAUGGAUCUAUGGUCCUUUGGGACUCAUCAAAGCCUUGGUUUAGCAUUUUGUCAGUUUUAUUUUCAGAAAUUCUCUGCGAUUAAGAAGAUAAUUUAUUAAAGAUGGUCCUUUCUACCUCUGUGAUGUGUGUCACGCACACAGCUUAGAAGUGCUACAGAAAAGGAAAGAACUCCAAAUUGAAUCACCUUUAUAAUUUACCCAUUUCUCUACAACAGGCAGUGGAAGCAGUUUCAGAGAACUUUUUGCAUGCUUAUGGUUGAUCAGUUAAAAAAGAAUGUUAUAGUAACAAAUAAAGUGCAGUUUAAAACCCAA